GCCCUACAGACUGAGUUCCCAGAGGGAUUGAAGAGAUCUGACGUGUUCAUUGCUGCAUUCUAUCAAUGCUUGGCAUGUAGGGGAGGCUUCCAAUAAAUGUUGUAUACAUUGAUGAAAAAAAAAUACUGAAGCUGCUGAAACUCCGAAGCUGAUUCUGUCACACUGUAAGAUGCCUUUGAGAAAUUCUUCAGUCUUCUUAGAUGAAUCUUUAGAACUCCAUAAAUUUCACUAGACACCUUCAAUCUUCAUUUUGAGCUCAGAGUGACCACCCAUUUAGCCAAUAUCAAGAACAAGAUAUAGGACAUUUCCAUCAAUCCAGGAGUCUCCUUCAUGCCCUCUGACAGUUACUACACAUUCCCAAAGGAGAAGUACAAAUGUCUACCACAAGACGAAAACGUAGUAUGUUAUGUUGUUUACCGUAAGCUGUAGUAAAAUGAGCUCGAUUGUUGACAGAGAUGACAGUAGUAUUUUUGAUGGUUUGGUGGAAGAAGAUGACAAGGACAAAGCAAAAAGAGUAUCUAGAAACAAAUCUGAAAAGAAACGCAGAGAUCAAUUUAAUGUUCUUAUUAAAGAACUGGGAUCCAUGCUUCCUGGUAAUGCUCGAAAGAUGGACAAAUCUACUGUUUUGCAGAAGAGCAUUGAUUUUUUACGAAAACAUAAAGAAAUCACUGCACAGUCAGAUGCUAGUGAAAUUCGACAGGACUGGAAACCUACAUUCCUUAGUAAUGAAGAAUUUACACAGUUAAUGUUAGAGGCUCUUGAUGGUUUUUUUUUAGCGAUCAUGACAGAUGGAAGCAUAAUAUAUGUUUCUGAAAGUGUAACUUCAUUACUUGAACAUUUACCAUCUGAUCUUGUGGAUCAAAGUAUAUUUAAUUUUAUCCCAGAAGGGGAGCAUUCAGAGAUUUAUAAAAUACUCUCUACUCAUCUGCUGGAAAGUGAUUCAUUAACCCCUGAAUAUUUAAAAUCAAAAAAUCAGUUAGAAUUCUGUUGUCACAUGCUUCGAGGAACAAUAGACCCAAAGGAGCCAUCUAUCUAUGAAUAUGUAAAAUUUAUAGGAAACUUCAAGUCUUUAAACAGUGUAUCCACUUCAGCACACAAUGGUUUUGAAGGAACUAUACAACGCACACCUAGGCCUUCUUAUGAAGACAGAGUUUGUUUUGUAGCUACUGUCAGGUUAGCUACACCUCAGUUCAUCAAGGAAAUGUGCACUGUUGAAGAACCCAAUGAAGAGUUUACAUCUAGACAUAGUUUAGAAUGGAAAUUUCUAUUUCUAGAUCACAGGGCACCACCCAUAAUAGGAUAUUUGCCAUUUGAAGUUUUGGGAACAUCAGGCUAUGAUUACUAUCAUGUGGAUGACCUAGAAAAUCUGGCAAAAUGUCAUGAGCACUUAAUGCAAUACGGGAAAGGCAAAUCAUGUUACUAUAGGUUCCUGACCAAAGGGCAACAGUGGAUUUGGCUUCAAACUCAUUAUUAUAUUACUUACCAUCAGUGGAAUUCAAGACCAGAGUUUAUUGUUUGUACUCACACUGUAGUAAGUUAUGCAGAAGUUAGGGCUGAAAGACGACGAGAACUUGGCAUUGAAGAGUCUCUUCCUGAGACAGCUGCUGACAAAAGCCAAGAUUCUGGGUCUGAUAAUCGCAUAAACACAGUCAGUCUCAAGGAAGCAUUGGAAAGGUUUGAUCACAGCCCAACCCCUUCUGCUUCCUCUCGGAGUUCAAGAAAAUCAUCUCACACGGCAGUCUCAGACCCCUCCUCAACGCCCACAAAGAUUCUGACAGACACGAGCACUCCGCCCCGGCAGCAUCUGCCUGCUCAUGAGAAGAGGACUCCAAGGAGGGCAUCAGUUAGCAGUCAGUCCAUCAAUUCCCAGUCUGUUGGUUCGUCAUUAACACAGCCAGUGAUGUCUCAAGCUGCAAAUUUACCAAUUCCACAAGGCAUGUCCCAGUUUCAGUUUUCAGCUCAGUUAGGAGCCAUGCAGCAUCUGAAAGACCAGUUGGAGCAACGGACACGGAUGAUAGAGGCAAAUAUCCAUCGACAACAAGAAGAACUGAGAAAAAUUCAAGAGCAGCUUCAAAUGGUCCAUGGUCAGGGGCUGCAGAUGUUUUUCCAGCAGUCAAACCCUGGACUGAAUUUUGGUUCUGUUCAACUUUCUUCUGGAAAUUCAUCUAACAUCCAGCAACUUGCACCUAUAAAUAUGCAAAGCCAGGUUGUUCCUACUAACCAGAUUCAAAGUGCAGUAAACACUGGGCACAUUGGUACAACCCAGCACAUGCUACAACAAACUUUACAAAGCGCUUCAACUCAGCAGAGUCAACAAAAUGUCCUGAGUGGGCAUAAUCCGCAAACAUCUCUUCCCAGUCAGACACAGAGCACUCUGACAGCCCCGCUGUAUAACACAAUGGUGAUUUCUCAGCCUGCCGCUGGAAGCAUGGUCCAGAUUCCAUCAAGUCUACCACAGAGUAGCACCCAGAGUGCUGCAGUGACCACACUCGCUCAGGACAGACAGAUAAGAUUUUCUCAAGGUCAGCAACUUGUGACCAAAUUAGUGACUGCUCCUGUGGCUUGUGGGGCAGUCAUGGUCCCUAGCACCAUGCUCAUGGGCCAGGUGGUGACUGCAUACCCCACCUUUGCCACACAGCAGCAGCAGGCUCAGACGUUGUCGGGAGCACCGCAGCCACAAGGUUCUCAGGAGCAGCAGCUCACGGCGGUGCAGCAGCCUCCCCAGGCCCCGCUGGCCCAGCCUCCACAGCAGCUUUUACAGACUUCUAGGUUGCUCCAUGGCAACCCUUCAGCUCAGCUCAUCCUCUCCGCUGCAUUUCCUCUGCAGCAGAGCCCUUUUGCUCAGUCACAUCACCAGCAACACCAGUCUCAGCAACAGCAACAACUCAGUCGGCACAGGACUGACAGUCUGACAGAUCCCUCCAAGGUUCAGCCAUAGUAGCACACACACAUCCUCUCUGAUGUCAAGGGAGGAAGAGAAUGACCCAUAAAGAGUUACUCAGAUGACCUGAGAUGCGGUAUUGAGUGUUCUAGUUCCUGGAAUUAGUUGGCAGAGAAAAUGCCGCCAGUGCUACAGAUGAAUAUUCCAUACCAGCUUGCAGAAGAUGAUCAUAGGUACUUAGCCAGUUCUGACAGUGUUUAGUUGCCCAGGUAUUUUUUGAUGGAAAAUGGAUAUAUUGCCAAAUGUUAAGAAACUCAGCUAUGAAACGACCUCCAGUGAAUCAGAAAGGCACUAGCAAUGUUAGUAACUUUCAGUGGUUCUGUGCCUGUUAUCAAGUGUUACAGAGGACACGCCACUGCCAUGUCAGGGGUUUGCUUACAACGAUGCCAUGAAGACAGUCCACGAGACUCAGUAGCCUCCUCCCUCUUCAGAUAAUGAUGGAACAGUAAUUACUUUCAGAAUGUUAUGUGGGUUCAAAUUCUCUAUGUACAGAUGCUGUAAAAAUAUGUAUAUGUCCGGAUAAAAGGAGAGAAAGCAAAAUAUUUUGUAUGCUGCAUGAAAGCAUUAUCCUUUCCUUAUAGGUAUGAGUACAUUUCCUUAGAUUCUGACACCAUGUGCAAACUGAUACAUCCUCUGUUUUCCUUUUGUUUACAACACAGUAGUGUUCGCUUCACUUUUCCGGGGCACAAGUCUUUUGUUCAUACUUUGGCUGUGAUGUCACAGUUUGUUCAGUGAGGUAUGAUGUGCUGCUGGGAAUGGAUUUUUUUUCAGGUUAACUUAUUGAUACAACAGGAUUUUCAAGCUAUUCAAAAAUAUCCCUCAUUUCAUUAUUUUUCAAUUAUGUUUGAAAAUAGAAUUUGCACUGCUUUUUUUUUUUUUAGAUGGUUGGGAGUUUUGAUCAUGUAUUUUAAUAUAGUUGUUAGUUGGAAAUAUUUGUAUAAAUGGUUUUCAACAAGCCUGAAAGUAAUUUCAAGAAUGUUUCAGUUAUAGAGGUAAAAUUUGCACACAAAACAUCUUAGGCACUUUUUAACAUUCUCAAUGGUGGGAAUUUUAACUUUUAGGAUUUGUUGGAAUCUUUUUUAUUAUCCUUCAUGAUUUCAGUGCUUCUUUUAGUGAGAAAUGAUUCAGGGUUAUUUGAGGGGGGGAAAAAACCCAUAGUGCCUUGAUUUUAAUUCAGGUGAUAACUCACCAUCUUGAACUCAUUGUCUGGUUUCAGUAGUAGUUUUGAAACCUUAGUACAUUUUUAACAGCAUGUGGGUAUCAGUGUCAUUAUUAUUCUAAGUUCCUUUGAGGACUGCUAUCAGUCUCUUGGACUGGCGGUACAAAUAAUUUAGGUAUAAAAGAUGACAACCUAACACUAUCACAGUCAUUAAUGUAAUCACAGAAUUGUUUCCUAAAUGAGCAUUUUUCUUUACAGCUAAUUAUACAUUUAGGAAUCACCAGUAAAUGUUUGCUCAAUAUGAUCUUGAUAUUCCUUCAAAGAAAAAAGAAGGGGUAGGAAUUUGGCUUUGCCUUCACUACAGCACUAGAAUAUUGUAACUCCCAUACUUUCUAAACAUGAACUUAAGAUUUCACUUGGCAAUAUCACAUUCUAAAGGUAACAAAUCCAGAUGCCAGUUAUGUACAUUUAAAAAGCAUUUUACAGAUUUUUAUUGUACUAAUGAAAUGUACAGCUUCAGAACAAAAGAUUAAUGGAAAAUAUCUUAUUGGAAUAUGAAAAAUUAUUACUGAGGUAAGGGAGGACAAGCAUAGUAAAUUGAAAUUGACCAUAAAAGAAAAUGUGUAACAGAGUUGAGGUUGUCAAACAGAAAAUAUUUUGAGCAAUGGAAAUAACUUAAUGUAGAGGUCGGGAACACUAGUCAACUCUUAAGACAUCUCUGUCCUCAGCAUUACAGUCAUCCUUAAGGGAUACACUUGUCUUUCUGUAGAAAACUAUACCUGGCCACAAUUAAAUUUGAAAAUUUAUAUUGAAUUAGAAAACAACCAAAGAAAAUCAAUACCUAACCUUUUACAAAAGAAGCAUGACUAGAUGCCAGUCAGCAAGUAACAUAUCAAGGAGCUCUUCUAAACUAGAUGACCAUCCAGAAGCGAUUCCUGACGUUACCAUGAGUAUCAGGAGGAGUUGUCUUAGUAUGUGUGUGCUUGAGCAUACAUACACGUGUAGACUAAAUGGAUGUUGUAGACUUGGGCAGUAGCAUUGUUUUUCUCCCCUUUCCAAUUUGCCUUCUUGACCUCAUGCCAUUCCAUAUUAAUCUGAGUUGUGCCUCAUUUAUUUGUUGGCAAUACCUAGUGAUAUGGAUUAGCUAACAAAAGAUGUGAAGAACAAUUAUACUAAGGCUUGUCCUCCAGACACAUUAUUUAAAAGAAAGAUGGGAAGCUGUGGGUACUAGUACUUAGGUGAACUGAAGCAAAGCAUGAGGCAAGCCAAAGUGCAUCCAUAAAUUGUUCAUUUAGUCACAUUCUCCUACCCCAGCCCCUUCGAGUAUUCUCCAUCCUCACAAAUAUCUGGAAGAGAAAAUUAGAAAUUUCCUUUAUAAUUCUUGUUCUUCACAGCUUGUCCUUUUCCUGCUUGGAAUUAACGAUUGCUAAUUUAAGGAGCAGCAAGCUGCUUUCCCCUCCCUGUCAGUCUGAAGUGUUGUGUUGGAAGAGGCAGCAAGUCCCCCUUGCCAUUGUUGCCCUCCUGGUUCUCUUGAAUUUGGGUCGCAGAGCUGCCCCGACCCAUCCCCGUGAGACUUGAGCAUUCAGAUGAAGAGGCAGCAACUGUCUGUCCUCCAUUCAUUUCUGUAGCCAAAGUUGUUUAUUAAAAUCCCAAAUGUAAAUCCUGAAAAGAUACCAAAUAGAAACACCUUUCAGCUUCUUAAAAAAUCUUAUCUUCCUCUGCUUUACUUUCUCAAGCAUUCAGUUUUUCCUAAAACCAUUUAUUCUGGAUGGCACUUUUUAGGUAAGAGGCUGUUGAGGUGAUGGAGAAGUUCCGGCUGCUCUGUGGGCCUGAACUUGCUGUGGACUCAGGGCACUGGAUGAGUCAGCGGUCACACAUGCAAGUGAGAGCUGCAAGGGGUCGGUGGGGUUGCUGCUGAGAGUGGUAGCAAACCACAACCUUGACACCUAUAAGUACUCCGUUUUUUUAGUGGAAAAUGUGGGAGGAGCAGAUGGAAGGGUGGAAGGAACAUGUAAGUAAAUUCUACAGUUCUGCCUCCAAACAGCCUGUUGGUGGGUCACUUUGGAGUGCAGUGCUCUCCUUUGUCGCCUACAUCUGGCUUCGGAAUGUACUCGUAAUCGAAAGGUGCCAGAGAUUUUGAAUAGUUUAGAAUACUCAGUGCACAAUAGUGAACAUGUUUGGAUUCUUCAGAAGUGCUGCAGUUGUUGGUCAUUGCCUUAAAGCAGUCUGCUUGAAGCCAGGCACGCCAGCUUGCUAGAGGGGCAUUGCGCUGAGGGAAGACAAGCCCUGGUUCAAGAAGCCUUAGAAAGGGACCCUCAAAACAGUGCUCAACACCGGCCAGUGAGCCUUCUUUUAAACUGGAUGUUACUCAACGUGUUCUAAAAUGUUUCCACUACAUUGAGGCAAACUUUUUACAAGUGGAAUGCAAGUAGUAUUUUACUUUACUAUUUCUGCUUUUUUCUGUUUCUUUUGUAAUUGAAAGUUUGUUGAUGAACAUUUGUGUAAAGCUCAUUCAAGUUGAUAGCCUUUCCAAUAUCUGUGGCCCUGUUUCUCGUCUCACGGGAGUCCGUGUUGGAAGGUAUAAACACUGGAUAUUAAUAUUGAUGAGCAAGCUUAACCAGGAGUAAGCUGAUCGGAAUUUUUGAAUGAUUGAGAAGAAACAGCACAAAGGCACUUGCCAUUUUAAUAGUGAUUGAAGAAUCUUUUAAGUUUGUUUGGAUUGGGUAAGCAUUCUUCCAAAAGGAGCUUUCUGAAUUGCAAAGGAAAAGAGUUGACUAUUUUUAUAGCAUAUUUAAUAUAUUUGUAUAUAAUGAGGAGUAUAGUAGGAACCCUCCAUAUGCCUCCCCCUUUUCUAAUUUACCCCCCCUUUUGCCAUCGCCCUAGUUUAGCCUCAUCCGCGUGGGUGACGUGCCUAUUGUCAGCCUACCAAAAGAUAGCGCUGCUGCUUUUUGAGACAGGUGAGAAGACCCAAUCUCAUGCCUGGGGAUCCUUUAUGGGAAGAAUAGCACACACUUUUAAAACAACAUAACCACAGUCUAAAAGCAUCAUGUUGAGACUUAACAAGCACUUUAUUGCAAUUAUUCAUUUUGAUAAAGUUUAUUAUCUUAGGCAUUAACCAUUUCUAAAGGAUCCCCAAAUCAUCACUUAGGUGAGAUUAUAAAAUGACACAUUUCUGAGAAAUGUUUAGAUCCAGUGAACCGUAGUAGGUUUAUGGGAGUGACUUCAAGGUAGCCAAAUGAACUUUAACUUUUGUUUUGAAUGUGGUGGAGUCGAGAUUGUAGAUGCCUAGUUCCAUUUAAACACUAUUGUAAACCUAUCUUGCCUAUUGUGUGGACACCAAAAGAGACCAAUGAGCCUGUUUAUUUUCAGAGGUCUAGGAAAAUCACAUCCAUGUGAGUAGAUGUACAAAACGAAUCCAAAAGUGAUUGGUAGUAUUAUUUUAGAAUACAGUAAUUUCAAGAAUUAUUCUGAGUGUUUUAAAUGUGCCCUGAAAUGUUGGCAUGUCAUUUUAGUGUUUCCAUUUGAAUUGCUCUUGUAAUAUUUUUGCACAAAAACGAUUGAGAAAAAGACUACACUUUGGUUAAAGAAAAAACAGUAUAAUUUGGUCUUGUUUUAAUGUCUCUUGUGGAAACACUGGAGAUGAAUUUUGUUGGUACAGUUAUUAAUUCGGGAUAUUUUAAAGUAUUGAACAGCUCACAAGUAAUUAAGCAAACUUGGAUAUUUAAAAAUUAAAACUUUUUUUCCAUGUGACUGUUUUGCAUAGUUUUUUCCCCUAUCAUAACACUACAUUCCUUGUUCUUCUUAAAUAAUACCUUGCAGGUUUU